AUGAUGUUCCGCAUGGUGUGGAGACUGUGGGUGCUGCUGCUAUUUACGUCCUACUCUGAGGAGAUGAUCUCAGCCUACAAGGGGAAUGGAGAGACAUGUGAACACAAUCCUGAGUGUCAGAGCGACUGCUGUGUCACCAACAGCUUGAACCCACAGAAAUUCUGCACCCCCCAGACUAUGUUUCUGCAAUGUGUGCCAUGGAAGAAGCCCAAUGGGCACCUCUGUGAAGAUCACUUGGAAUGCCACAGCAGCUGCUGCAUCAGGACAGGAUACAGCCCAAACAGAUUCUGCUCUGCCAAGACCAUCUUCCUGCAGUGUGUGUCCUAGCGCAAGCCAGAAGGGGACAAGUGCCAAAGUCACUCAGAGUGCUGGAGCCUGUGUUGCCUACCAGUCAGCGAGACCAGCCCCUCCCACUGCACACAGCGGACUGGGCUCCUGGCCCUGUGCCUACCGGUGUCUCCAUGA